AUGGCAGCAAUCUACGAUGAGGAAAAGCAGCCAGGCACACAUCGCCACGGCCACACGCAAGCAUCGACUGUCAAUCCCAGCGAUGAAAAGGACCUACACAACAUCCCCAUCGACGGUGACUCCAGCGGCAAAGCAUCCCCAACGCUGCUCUACAACGACACAGCCAUCCGACCCAGCAAUGGCCCGUUCUCGCAACUCCGCCGCUUCGAAGCCCGCAUGGAUGCCAAACUCGGCAUUGAAUCAGAAGCAAUCGAGCGGAAACGCCCCGAAGACAAACGGCCUGUGCGCUGGCACGAAGAGCUGACCAUGGCUCUGCUCUGGGCAUCUGGGACGAUGAACACGUCGUGCUUCGCGACGGGGUUCCUGGGCUGGGAAUUCGGACUGAGCCUGAAACAGGCGAUCCUCAUCACCAUCUUCGGCUCUUUGCUCGGCGGCUGCGUGACCGGCUACGCCGCAACCUUCGGCGCCGCCACAGGCCUGCGCCAGAUCUCCGUCACGCGCUUCAGUUUCGGCUGGUGGCCGAACAAGCUGAUCGCGGCGCUCAACGCUGUGCAGCAGGUUGGCUGGGCGGCCGUGUCGUGCAUCACGGGCGGACUGGCCCUGACGGCAGUGGCAGACGGCCACAUCUCCCUCGUCGUGGGGAUCAUUGUGAUCGCAGUAGUUGCACUUAUCAUCAGCUUCGUCGGCCUCAACGCAAUCCUCGUCUACGAGCGAUACGCCUGGCUGAUCUACUUCGUCAUCUUCAUGAUCAUCUUCGGCGAGACGGGAAAAUACGCCGACAACACGACCCCCGCCUCCGUCACCGGCACCACCCUUUCAGGCACCGUCCUCUCCCUCCUCGCCAUCAUCUACGGCAGUUCUGCCUCGUGGUGCACCAUGGCAUCCGACUACUACGUGCACUAUCCCACCCAGGUCUCGCGUGUGAAAGUCUUCCUGAUGACCUCGUUCGGCAUCGCGAUCCCCACCUCCAUCGGCAUGCUAGCAGGCUGCGUCGUCGCCUCGGCACUCAACAACCGGCCCGAAUGGAAAGACGCCUACGAGAACGAGGGACUCGGUUUCCUCAUCCAAGACAUGCUGUAUCCCCGGGGCUUCGCGAAACUGCUGCUGACCCUGCUCGUCCUCUCCGGCAUCAACACCAACAUCAUCAGCAUCUACAGCUCGGCCAUCUCGUGCCAGCAGUUCAGCCGGCCCUUCGCCCGCGUCCCCCGCUUCAUCUGGACGUUCGUCUGCUUCGCGGCGAUCCUGGGCCUCGCCCUCGGCGGCCGCCAGAAACUCAACACCUACCUGCAGAACUUCCUGAGCCUGCUCGGCUACUGGUGUACCAGCUACUUCGUGAUCCUAUUCAGCGAGCACGUGGUGUUCCGGAAGGGUCGCUUUGAGAACUAUGAUCUCGAGGGCUGGAACGAUCCGAGCAGAUUGCCGCAUGGGAUUGCAGCCGCGUGUGCCUUUGGAUUGGCCAUUGUUGCCUGGGUCAUGGGAAUGGUGCAGACCUGGUAUGUGGGCCCCUUAGGCAAGUUGAUCGGGGAUUAUGGCGGGGAUGUCGCGAAUGAGUUUGCUUUUGUCGUGACGGCGCUCGUGUAUCUGCCCGCGAGAUAUCUGGAGUUGAAGGUUUUUGGGAGAUGA